AUGACGAGCAGGAAUCUCAUGCGCCUCGCCAGCCGCUCCGCCGCGGCCACCGCCCCAGCCAUCCCAGCUUCUUCCUCCUCCGGCGGCGCCCUUUCACUGUCGCGCGCCGGAGGCCGCUCGCUGCGCGCCUCCUCGCCGCCUCCUCCGGCUUCCAUCUCCUCCGCCGCGGGCUGGGAGUUCCGCACGCUGCGCAGCGACGGCGAGGACUGGGAGGAGGUCGUCGUCGCCGCGGGGGAUGCCGACGCAUCUGACGCCCUCCAUGAGGCAACGGAGGAGCAUGGUGUUGUGUUCGGGGUCGCGCCCACCGACGACGAGGUCCGCGCCGCCGUCGCCAGCAUCAAGCAGGUGUUUGAGAAGGCUCCUGCCGUGGACUCUGAAGCGGCUGAUCUACAAGCCCUCGCAUUGCCCAUCUCAGGGCACCCUUCGUCUGGGAUAUUCGUUAAUCAUUUUGCUUUGGGUUCUGAUGCAUCUGAGGUCGGACUAGAUGAAUGGACUGAACCUGCUAGGCUCGUUCUUAACUCAAGUGCUCUUUUGACAAAGGAACAUCGAAGUGUACUGGAUGCAUUCCACCUAUUGCACGAAGACGCUUCUGUUCAGAAAAUGGUUAUGGCCUUGUCAACUGACAAGGCUGUAUGGGAUGCUGUGAUGAACAACGAUGUGGUACAAGAAUUCAAGAGAUCCUUCCAGGAUGCCAAGGAAACUGAUCUCAAGGGAAGCUCUACUGCUCCUCCUGGAUUUAUGAUGUGGGUCCUGGAAAACACCCAGGCAAAAAUCAGGGAAUUCCUUGAGAAAAUACUUGGGCUCGUGAAUAUGCUUUUUCAAGCCGGGGGCAAGAACUACGAUUUCUCUGAUGAUAUAGUGAAGAUGUCAUUCAUGCUCUCGGUGUUCGUCUUCAUCGUGGUAACUAUCGCUCGUAUACGCUGA